GGCAGAGUAGAAGCAGGGUCGGAGUGAGAGCCACAUAUGAGCCAAAAUGAUGGAGGAGCAGAAAAGCCCUGAGUAAGCAAGGAGAGUUGGUCCCCAGAGACCAUGGAGCAGCGGCCCGGAGAGCAGUUCAGGCCUGAGAACAUGCAGCCCCAGGGGGAGAGGUGGAGAGAGAGCAGCCGGACAGACUGAUGGCUUCCCCCUUCCAGGCUCCAGCACUCCUGCAUUCUGCCUGCGCAUCCUUCCCGGUGUUCAAGAAGGCCAGCCCGAAUGGAAAGCUCACUGUCUAUCUGGGAAAGCGGGACUUUGUGGACCACAUCGACCUCGUGGACCCUGUUGAUGGUGUGGUCCUGGUGGAUCCUGAGUAUCUCAAGGAGAGGAGAGUCUAUGUGACACUGACCUGCGCCUUCCGCUAUGGCCGGGAGGACCUGGAUGUCCUGGGCCUGACCUUUCGCAAGGACCUGUUUGUGGCCAACGUGCAGUCCUUCCCGCCGGCCCCUGAGGACAAGAAGCCCCUGACACGGCUGCAGGAGCGCCUCAUCAAGAAGCUGGGCGAGCACGCCUACCCUUUCACCUUUGAGAUCCCUCCGAACCUCCCAUGCUCUGUGACAUUGCAGCCGGGGCCUGAAGACACAGGGAAGGCCUGUGGUGUGGACUAUGAAGUCAAAGCCUUCUGUGCUGAGAACCUGGAGGAGAAGAUUCACAAGCGGAAUUCUGUGCGCCUAGUUAUCAGGAAGGUUCAGUAUGCCCCGGAGAGGCCUGGCCCCCAGCCCACAGCUGAGACCACCAGGCAGUUCCUCAUGUCGGACAAGCCCCUGCAUCUAGAGGCCUCCCUGGAUAAGGAGAUCUAUUACCAUGGAGAACCCAUCAGCGUUAAUGUUCACGUCACCAACAACACCAACAAGACAGUGAAGAAGAUCAAGAUCUCGGUGCGCCAGUAUGCAGACAUCUGCCUUUUCAACACCGCCCAGUAUAAGUGCCCGGUGGCCAUGGAAGAGGCUGAUGACACAGUGGCACCCAGUUCGACAUUCUGCAAGGUCUACACAUUGACCCCCUUCCUGGCCAACAACCGAGAGAAGAGGGGCCUCGCCUUGGACGGGAAGCUCAAGCAUGAAGACACAAACCUGGCCUCCAGCACCCUGUUGAGGGAAGGAGCCAACCGGGAGAUCCUGGGCAUCAUUGUUUCAUACAAGGUGAAAGUGAAGCUGGUGGUAUCUCGGGGCGGCCUGUUGGGAGAUCUUGCAUCCAGUGACGUGGCCGUGGAACUGCCCUUCACUCUAAUGCACCCCAAGCCCAAAGAGGAACCCCCUCAUCGUGAAGUUCCAGAGAACGAGGCGCCAGUAGAUACCAAUCUCAUAGAACUUGACACAAAUGAUGAUGACAUCGUGUUUGAGGACUUUGCCCGCCAGAGACUGAAAGGCAUGAAGGAUGACAAGGAGGAAGAGGAGGAUGGUACUGGCUCUCCACAGCUCAACGACAGAUAGACUGGGGCCAGCCCUCCCUCCGGGCAGCUCCGGGUCUGCUCUCCUGCACUAGGAUGCUUAUUCAUCUUCUUCCCGUUCUCGUUCCCCCUCUCCUGUGUUCUUCUAGUUUCUGCUAGGGGGCCCAGUGUUCUUCCAGGUCAUGGUGGUGAACGUCUGGCCUCAGGAUUGGCCCCACAUCACCAUGCCAACAAGGGUCACAUGGGCCCCCCUCACCCCUCUCACCUCUGUUGCGGGGCACCCUUCCAGCCCCUCUCUUUUCCUGCUGACACCCCCGCCCCCAGAAAGGCCAUCCUGGCUCUGGCCUUGGAAUUUGACUUGGGAUGGGGAGCAGAAUGGAGAGUGUGGGGCAUAGGACUUGGAGGGGUGAGGGUGAGGGCUCAAAACGUGUGAGAGAGUCCCCACAGUCCCAGGUGGCUAACACAGUCUGGCAGCUAAAAGAUGACUAUGCUGAGGGCCACCCUCUGCUGGCUGGGAGGGGCACACCUGUGGAUAAAUUCUCAAUGCCUUCCUGCAAUUGAGACCCAACAAACUCCUCUCCCCAUUAUCCCUAUCCUCCAUCUCUCUGUGUCUGACAGAGAGGUGAGGGUUUGCAGACCCCAGGAGUAGAGAAAAGCCACCAGACUGGCUUUCUCACCAGCAGUUACUCAGUCUAAGGCAAGCUGUGUGAACUAGCCCAUCUAUUUUAGUACUGUCGGGAUGUAACAUCUUAGCUACCUUGUAUCUUAUGUGUAUGUCCUGUCUGUACACAUGCACAGAGAGAGAAGGGAGGGGUCUCCAGAAAGCACCAACCAGAGGUAGAGUGAGCCCAAGCUCCUGGGGAGGUUUCCUGAAGUGUGGCUCCGAGAGAUGGGCUCAGGGGCAAGGAAGAUGAGAAUCUGCUCUAUUCCCUCCUUUGCAGAUGUAAGAGCAAUCAGUGAUCCUUCAGGAAGUAAGGCUGGACGUCCAGAUGGGACUGGGGACAUGGGUACCCUCCUGCUUCACCUUGCAGUUCACUGGGCUGAGCUGGGCUGGCCCAUAGGCUGGGAGAGAGUGCUCAAGGCCACCAUGCCCACAGUCAAAGGGACUUCUUCCCCGGAAGGUGGCCUAGUCCAUCAAGAUGCCCUCACCUGAAAGGAAGGGGACUGCCAAGUAGCAAAGAACCCUUCCUUAGGGAAUUGAUGGCCCUCCCACCAGUUCCCAGUGUCGUGGAUACACAGCACUCAUUGACUGGUGUUGGUGUGAUUGAGACCUGGGGCAUUUUUCGGCAAUACAGUGGCCAGAUGAUGAGGUAGAAAGUGUUAAAAGGUAUUUGUUCUCAUCUGGCCUUUGACACCCACUAACUGUGUGGCCUUGGGCAAGUUCCUUUCCUUCUCUGGGUCUUAGUUCUUCACCUAGAAAACCAAGGGGUUUGACCAGAUAAUCACACAGGGACCUCCCAGCUCUGGCCUCUUAGAAUUUGUAAACCGUAGAGCUUCUAGUAUGGUGGGUGGAACCAGAGCCAGACCAUGGACUCUCAUUUGUUUGCCUCCAGAGGUGAUUCAUUGGACCCCAGAAGUAGCAGGGCCCUGGUGAGCUCCUAGCCAACCCCUUCCCAGGCCUGAGAAGGACCCUUCUUGGGCCUCUGGAAGGUCAUCUGAUGUCAAGCUAUGGCUAUAGCUAGCAAGAGCUGCUCAGCCCUAGGGCCUGAGUAUUACAGAAGGCCAAGCUUGUGUUUGCUUAUGAAAGAGCCUCUGGUGCCUCACAACUCCCUGUGGAUGGUAGGCCCCCUGAGGUUUACCUUAUACCCAAGCAAAUGUAUUGCUUAGCAGGGCAAGGGGCUCUCUCCUCCAUCCCUGCUCCCUUUUUAUCUCUGUCCAAUCCUUCCCUGGAAAAGGAGACAACAAACUUUUAUUAUGCAGGUUGGGUCUCCAACCUUUUCUGUCCAGCCCCUCCUGGGGUGGGGCUGCGUAACCAUUAUCCAUGGCGAGAUUACCCAGUUUACAGGCCUGGCACUGCACCUCAGCCCUUCCCCUUCUGAAUAUCAUGAAGAUUUGAGGCUAGGGACUCCCUGCCCCAGGUCAGGACCAAGUCAGUGUGGGGCAGCCAUCCUCUCCUGGCCAGCCCUGGGGUCCUAGCUGCGGAUGCCCCAGUCAUCCAGCCUCUCUGCCAGAGCUUGCUGGCAGUCCACACCUCAUUGGACAGCUAAAGAGUUGAUGAAGGGCUAGAACAACAUGGGCCAAGCAUAUGUGUCUUCCUGUGGAAACUUUGAGGCUGGUACAAGACCCUUUAGGACUUGAGGUGAUUGAUCACUCCCCUACAGGCCUCUUCCUCCAUCCCUCACCUGCGCACAUGAAAGAUUUGUCAGCCUGGUUUCUUGAGCUUCUUCACCUCAAUGUCACACUACCCUUUGGGGUUUAUUCCAGUGUUUUAAUGGAAAUUUCCCUAGCUGUGGGAAGUAUCAUAGUCCCAUUUAGGCUUUUACUCUUUGAGUCAGGUUCAUUUGAAUUUGGCUUAACUGCUCUUGGCUGACAAUUUCUGCUCAGUGCUGGACACUCGAGACACAGAGAUGGGUCAGCCCCAGCCCAUGUCCUCAUAAAGCUCAUGGUCAGGUGAACGUUAUAGUGGGGAGUAAUGGGAGCCAUUGCUUUCCAGGCUCCUUGGCUGCUGCUAGUUCAUAUAGUGCCUUGCUGAGAAUUAGAUGCAGUGCCCUUUCCAGGUAGAUUCAGCCCAUGUUAGAAUGCAAAACUUUGUGAAUGGCGCACAGACUGGAGUUCAGUCUCACCUGCCCAGCCAGAUGCCAAACUCAGGCCAGAGUGUUUCCUUUGGCCUCUUCCUCAGAGAAAGACCCAGAUUAUCUUUCCAAGCUUCUGAUUGACUCCAUACCCCACUCCAUCUGCGGCCCCCAACCAUGACCAAGUCCUAUGCAGGGCCUCUCUUCAUCUGGAGUUUAGCGUGUCUGGAAUCAGGUGAGACCUUGAAGUGAAAUUGGGGGCAUAGGAGCCCCACUGGGCCCCAGGCACCAGCCCAUGGUGUUGGCUCUUCCUGUGCACACAUGUGGGCUCCGUGCUUACCACACAGCUCCACACUGGUACCUUCCAGUGGGCCUUGUGGAUGGCAUAUACAUAGAAGUCUGGGCAGAAGGAAAGAGUAUGGCCCUGGGUGAAAAUCUAUAGGCAGAGGGCCAGCUGGAUAUCCUUAGCACUACCACUGUGAGAAGAAAGAGUUCAAUCCCUUUGAGGAUAAGGACUGAGUUAUUUGGCUGGAUUUCAUGGGCCAUGUCAAUCUCAAGGCGCAGAUAGGCAAGAGUGGGCACACCAGGGGCUGGUUCUGCUCCUACAUGGUGCCACACAAAGCAUGCUGGCCUGGAAGUCCACGGAACCUCCAGUCCAGUUGUCAUCAACCAGUUGAGUAGCCUUGAGCAAGUCACUUGACCUCUUGGGCUCAGUUUCCCUAGCUGUAAAAUGAGGUCAUAAUCCCUUGCCCACCUGACUCAAGGAAUUGUGAGGCCUAGAGGAGAUGAAAGUCAGCCCUGUAAGUUGCAAAGGGCUGCAGAGGCCGUGGCACUGCCACUGCAGUGUGGCAACCUAGGGUCACACAGAAUGGUCACCGUGGGCUGAGUCCUCCUUCCAGCAGUCUUCAUCUCUUGCCCCCUUCUCACUUAGGCAGAUGUCAGCCAGAAUGAUCAAGUUAGUUUGGCUUUGGUGCCUCAACUGAAAGAAAAAUCCAGACACUAUUCAGGAAUGCCUUGCCCACAGACAGCAGUUCCAGCAAAUACGACAGAGAGAUAAGCCAUGGAUAUCAUCAGUCAUUGUGCUUCCUGGAAUGUCCCAAGCCUGGUGCCACCCAUAUCUCCCAUCUCUCAGAUCCCACAGAGGCCAGGGAGCCCUGGCUCUGAGCUCAGGUUAGGGAGAGCCACCAACCCCCAGGCCCAGGGAGGGACAGACCACUCUUCCAUCUAAGAACCCCAAGGGUGAGGUGGAAUCAAAAUUGCCCUUCAAAGUAGAAGUUCCCCUCCAGGAUCAGGCACUGCUGCCAAUGCUUCUUGGUGACACUUAGGAGGGAUUUGGCCCCAGGGAAAACCCAGGCCUCUAACCCCAAGAGCUGAGCCCCUGCUGACCCACACCCAGUAGCUCCAGUAUCCCACAAAGGCAACUUCUCUCCUGCCAGUGAAUGGGGACUGACAUUCUCUGCCCAUCCCAGAGGAAGGCUUUGUCCCCAAUCUUAACUAUGAUUGGGUCUCAUGGGCAUAGGCCUAUAUCUGUUCUGAUGUUUUUAAAGUCAACAAGGACCAAAACAGGGCCCCCAUCCCCCCACCCCCGAUCCUCAUGCAUCAGUCUGCACUGGGCUUGGCAUUUUGCCAUUCUUGUCCAGGCAGGUCCACCGCUUCUGUCCUCCUUCCAGGAUCAAAAUGGCCUAUCUGAGGGGCAGGAUCCCCACCUCUCCCACUCCCCUGCAGUGUCCCUGCACAGUGGCUUCAAAGGCCCAAGGGGGACCACCCCUCCCCCAGGACUUUCUCUCAACUCCUCACUCUGAAAGAGAAAUCAAAGCACAGGUCCCCAGGACCCAUAAUCUAUAGACACUCUGACACAGUGGUUUUCAAACCAGGUGCUGUGGAACCCCUGGGUUUCACAGAGCUUUGUCAGGGGCUGCUAAGGUGGGAAGAUGGGGGUGGAGGCAAAGGCUAGGUCUCCAGCUCUCCCCCAUCCCCACUUCCAUCAGGACAACUCUGCUUUUAUCUGUCUUGCCUAUUGAGGUUUCACCUUCAAACUUUUGAAGAAACACUUCUUCAAACCACCAUUCUAAGGUUUGAUCUUCAACCAGCAGGCACAGGUUCUAUUCUUGCUUUUCAUGUUGGAAUGGCUCUAGCAUUCCAAUACAAAGCGUCUUUGUAUUGGAACUUGGGUCUCAGACCCAGGCCCAAGCAUUUGCUUGUGCACCCACACGCUUACAUGCACGUGCGUGUACACAUUUGAUGGUUUUGUAGCUCACCCACCCUGAAGCUCUGGCCUGGGUUUGAUUUGGGUAGGGGCCUGGUGCUCAGUGAGGAUGAGUCUUCCCUUGAUAUCAGCCCAUGCAGUGUGGGGGACUGUAGAGCGAGGACAUAGGCCCAGCCCCCACCCCACAACUAGUGUCUGUACCCCACUUCCCUGGCCCAGGCCUACGGAACACAUGGGAGAAAGAGAAACUAGACUCAGGUUCCUCUUUAUAUACAACCCGAUGGAGGGAUGUCUGGGUGUUUUACAAAACAAAUGCUGAGGGACGGCUUUAAGACAGAAGUCCUCCUGUAGGGAAUGCCCCUCCAGAGACUUUUAAAGCAGCAGGUUUCCCUUGAGCAAUUCUAAUAGGAUUCCACUCCCACGUCUGUGGGCAAGCAAGUGUAUGAACAUCAGAAGGGUGACUGAAGAGAUGCUGGUCCCCCACCCACAGUUUCCCACAUUUUCUCUCUGCCAGCCUGCCUCUCUGCUUGGUCCCCUGACCAGGGCUAAGGGGUGGGUGCAUUGGUGAGACCUGGACCAGCCCUUGACACAGAAUCCUGCCUGAGCCCACGACCGAGGGAAUUCUAUGGGGAAAAUGUGAGGCUCAAGGCAUAGCCAACCGUGUGGCAUGGGAGAAAGAGUUCUAUGUUCAGUCCAAGUAUGCCCUUGUGUUUCCCCAUGUGUAAGAAGGGGCUAGUGCUGAGCUCUGCCCUCCUCAUGGGGAUUACUACAAGGGAAGUCAUGGGUGGGCAUGAUAGGCAGUGUCCUAUGAGAGGUGGGAUCCGCACAAACUUGGGGUGUGGUCAUGGCCUGCACUGCAGAUCAGCAGACUACUUUUGGGAAUGACUAAUGGGAUGUACCACCUCCCGGGAGCAUCUCUGCUCAGUGUUAAGAUCUAGCCACAGAUGCUCUGGGAGAUGUGCCUCUUCCUACCCAAUGGGAGCCAGACUUGAGCCUGGCACAGUGACUGUGUGGAUCCCGGAUGCAGGGAGUGACCGGGAGCUAGGACAGGUCUCCAGGUCUGUGGCCCUUCUGUUAAGUGAUUAUUUUGUUACACCCCCAUUCCUGGGCCACCUGCCAGGUUUAUCUGUUGUACCUGUGGCAUUCCUUAUAAUGUCAGAUAAGUUAUUACAGUUUAUUCAACUCUAACAGGACAAAUGAACAAAAGAACCAUAAAUAAGAGACCAUUAAAGGUCUUUUGUGACAGA